AAUGGCAUUUUCAUCGUGAAUGUCCAAGAAAUAAUUUUGACAAAGGACAGACGGCUAUCGUCGCAAAAGAUAUUAAACAAAGUAGAGACGUACCAAAAACGGGUACCAUACCUAAACGUUUUUAUCAGCAAAGUCAACUUCAGGAUCAAGCCGCCGUGCUACCCAUGAAGGAUUCAAAAAACGAAAAAGUAUCCGGACAGGGACCUGCGACUUUCCGGCUAUAAUGACAUCGCAGGAAAAUAGCAGUAAAAGUUUACCACUGCCAAGAAUUACUAUACGUGUUGGUAAUCAUAAUAUUAAAGCCCUUUUUGACAGUGGUACAAACGUCAAUAUAAUUAAUGCCAAAUUUAUUAAUGUAAACUUAAAUCGUCCGUCAAAAUUAUCAGUAGUAUUUGGGUGUGGGGUGAGUGAGGUUGAGACACGUGGCUAUGAGAAUCUUUCUUACAGUAUUGCAGAUUUAACUUUAAAUUCAGAUUUUCUCGUAAUGGAGACGUUGCAGGAGGAUUGUAUCUUGGGUUACCCGUGGUUCCGUGAAAACCAAGUAGUCAUGGGUACCAUCCGUAACUGCGUAUAUAUAGGUAAAUUCAUCAGCGAAAGGCUCAUCAUCGCACUUAUAGCCAUUGUUCUAGUCAUCAAACUCCUCGUAGUCAAGUUCCUCUUUAUCCUGCCGUCUUUAAUGGGAGUUGUGGCGGCAAAGAAGCUCAUCGUUAAAGUAUUACUAUUUAUUUUCCCUUUCUUGCAUCAUCUGUUCAAGUUAUGCGCUUACACGCCUUAUGGAGCCAAGCACCAUAUACACAAGCACCAGAUAGCACAUAUCCAUCAAGUAGCUCCGGGAUAUCACCACCACAAACCGUAUUAUGUUGACAGAUCGCCGGCGGGAUACCAUCAUUUUGCUCAUAAGGAAGAUGAUCCUGGAGUUGUGGAUGAUUCGCAUAUUAGUGCUUCGGAAUAUGGAAAUGACAUUCGUCAAGAACCGCCUGCUGAAGAACCCGAAGAUAAUGUUUGGGGUUUUAAUCUCUUUUCUACGAAACCUAAGGAACCGCCAAAGAAGGAACUAACAGCAACUGAGAUAGAAAAUAUGGUACUAAAGGCCGAGAAGGAAGCUUUGAUAAAAUCCCGUCUACAAAAGGAACGCGAAAGGAUCCACGAAGAAAAUCUAAAACUCCAAAAUCAGCUAAACAACGCGCUGAAGAUUCAACAGAAACUCAAACACCACGCGGUGAUGGUCAGUCACAAAUUAAAACCAGGCAAAUACCAUAAUAAACACCAUCAUUUCCCUCCACCGCACGUGCCCCCGCUCACGCCGCUAAUGCCCCCGCCAAUAUCUCGGCCUUCAAAGUUCGAGGAGCCCCCUAAGUAUUUCAGCGAAUCACCACAUUUGCAAUACGGUGAAGCUGCAGCUCCAGUUGCUACGCAACAAGAGAUUGGACAAUCUGGACCCUUCGCUGAGCCACCAUCAAACCAUGUGGAUAGCUCAUCGCAGAGUGAGGAGUUGCCUCCAGGGGUAAUUGGUGGUGGAUUGCCGGCGAGUACAGUGGAUGCUGUUAAACAUUACCUCAAUCAGAAAAACAACCAGAGUCCCACAGUAUACCCGGUGUACCAGCAAAACCAAUUAGAACUAGAAAGCCAUCCAACACAACACGCCAAAGUUUUCGUCACCCCUCAGUCAGAUAAUUUCGCCGUACAACAAAAUCAUCAUCACGUGACAGUAGAAUCGAAGGUAAAGAAACAACGAGUGCCAUCUCAGUCCAACGUCAUGUCCAAAAGGAAGUCUGACGUGUCCAGUCAGGAAGAACAAUUUUAUAAGGCAGCUGAAAUAACGUAUGAUUCCUUCUAUAGUCCAAUUUUGGAGAAGAUUGAUGCUGUUUUGAACGAAUUACAGUUUACUGAGGAACCUUGCAGGGAAAGACUGAUUUGUAGUAUGUACAAAAAUCCUGUAAGGUUUAGUCCUCAUAGUAAUCUUGUUUCUGCUGAACUUAGUCGGGACUCGAAAGACCUUCAAAAGCCAUCUACAGCCAACUCUGCAGUGAUAAGAUUCUACAAAUACGUCCAGGCUGCAAGAGAUGGACAAGACCAAAGAGACUGCAUCAGACUUUACCCUUCUUGUGCAAUCAACACAGAAGCUUAAAAUUCCAUUUUUAACAAUGUGUUUUAAUAAUGCAAAUUGAGUAAUUACUCAGUAACAAAAGUAAAAGCAUAAUUGCAAAUUGUAAGAAUUGAACGUAUUUAAAUAGUCACCUUUUAACUAUAUACUUUUUCAAUCCUUAAAUUUUAGGAAAAGGAAAAAUCUAAUAGGAUCCUAUCUGGCCUAUAUAGUGAAUAAUCCAGUAAUGUUACUUUUAAGGUACUUAAAAGUUGACUAUUUACUUUAUAUAAAUGUCAGUUUAGUUUUCUUAUCUACAAGGAUAAUUUAAAAUGAAAACUUUAAACAAUUUAUUUUUCUUAUCUUUUCCUUAUUAGAUUUUGAGCUCAAGUACUUUAGGUUUGUAGGUUAUAUUAUUAUCGAAAUCAUAUUUUAAUAUUUUCGCAAUAAAAUUGUUAAUUGUAUAUUAUAAAUAUAAAAAAUGGUGGUUUGUAAAUUUGACUAUUGCAAAUCUUAGAAUUACUAUGUUGCCAAAAAUUAAUAUUAGCUGAUUUUAAGAAGGUACACUUACUUAUUAAGGUUUACUGAUUAUAUACUAGAAUCUUUUUAUCAUAAAUAGUCAACAAAUUUUCUUUAAAUCAGCUACAGUUAGCAACUACGACUAAAUUUAGUCAAUAAUUAGUUAUGAAUUUAGUCACUAAUUAGUCUAAAUAGAUUAUUAUUAUUAUUAUUUGACAUCCAAUUAUAAGAAUAUACAGUGAAUUUUUACUGUUUUUAUAUAAAAUCUUCUCUUCUUCUAGAUAAUUCCAAAUGAAGCAUAUCAAACUGUCACCGAAUGACCAAAUUAUUACAAUUAACAUUAAGAAAGUAAUAAUUUUAUUAUAACAAUGUCCAACAACCAUGGUACACGAAACCAUAAAUUAUAUUGGUUUUUAAUUGUUGCUGUAUCUGAUUCGUGAAAAGUUUGAUAGAGUAAAAUAAAUAUUCUAAACCGUAAAAACCUGUAUAUUCUUGUAAUAAAAAAUAAAUGUGGAUAUGGUUAACUAGUUUCAAUGGGUUUGGUAAUGGAUUCUCUUGGUAAUAAAGGUUUUGCUUCUUUUAAUUAGGUAGUUAUUUAUUUUCUUAGAUUAGUUAAUGUGUGAUGACUUGUUUAUUUUUGUUAAGAACCAAUAGUUCAUAAUCUGAUCCUAUUUAUUUGUAUAAUAAAUUAAUAAUUGUUCUGUUUAGUGUAUAACAUGUAAACUGGGUAUGUACAAUUGACAAUGCUCCAAAAUGUUUGGCACUAAUGGCGGUCGACAUACUAUUCUUCCUAGUAUCUAGUAAUUGUGAGUAAUAUUGUAUUCUUAGUGUGUCAAUAAGAAAACUGAUUGCAUUAUUUAUUAAGGGUAUCUGUAUCUAUUACGUGUGGAAGGUGGAUUACUCCCACGUCACUUAGGCCUCACUAGGCCCAUUGGGCAUCCUCCCAAGAUGAUAGACAUCUCCUAGCUCGUGCGCCAGCUUACAGAUUUGAUAUAGUUGGCAACGUCGUCAAAUGGUGAAUCUCUUAUAUCGGCCGGUGUUAGCCGAUACUCGCCGAACACACUUCUAAUAAAUGAGAGCGUCAAGCAAUCGUAAAGAAUAUGCUCGAUGGUAUUAUUUUCUGGUUAGCAGCCUUUGCAGAGUGCGGAUUCUGACAGCCCCAUGAUAUAUAGAAUGGGGCUUUUACUUUUACUUUUUUAUCUUGUCAACAGAGGCGUUAGGAGAGGAAAAUUAAUUGACUUAUUUUAAUUAAAACGUUGUAAAUAAUUAAAUUAUACAAG